UGCAGUACAAAAGGAGCACGCGAGUUCUCAUUUAGAAGCCAAGAUGCAGAUGUUCAUGCCCGAACCUCAGAUUUUUGUGGAAAGAACUCUGGCCCUCAUCAAACCAGAUGUUAUUGAUAAGGAAGAAGAAAUCGAGGAUCACAUUCUCCGAUCGGGAUUCCUCAUCGUUCAGAAACGGAAGCUCCAGUUAAGCCCAGAGCAAUGUAGCAACUUUUAUGCAGACCAAUAUGGAAAAGUGUUUUUUCCCAAUUUAACAGCCUAUAUGAGUUCUGGACCUUUAGUUGCUAUGGUUCUUGCCAGACAUUGUGCAGUCUCAUACUGGAAGGAAUUGCUUGGACCAUCAAACAGCAUAAGAGCUAAGAGAACUCACCCUCACAGCUUAAGAGCAAUCUAUGGGACUGAUGAUCUGAGGAAUGCACUACACGGCAGUCUCAACAUUUCCACAGCAGAAAGAGAAAUUCGAUUCAUGUUUCCAGAAGUGAUCUUGGAGCCAAUUCCAGCUGGACAAAGAGCUAGGGAUUACUUGAACCUUUAUGUAAAGCCUACGUUACUAGCUGGGCUCACUGCGCUGUGCAAAGAGAAGCCGGCAGAUCCAAUGACUUGGCUUGCUGACUGGUUGAUUGAACACAAUCCCAAUAAACCUAGGCUACAACAUCACGUCACUGAGGAAGAGCACCAGGGGUGAGAGCUCAGUGGAAACCAUCUCAAGCAUUCCAAGUUACAGAUAUAUGUUACCGCUUUCAGUGUAUCCCUUGGCUAUGUACUCAAUAGUAUCUGAAGUAAAUGUUAUUGUCACAA